AUGACGAAGUGGAGUAGAAGGCGGAAACCCCCCGCAUCCGCUCGCCUCCACACUUCCCCUUCAUUUCCCUCUUCCACUCCCCUGCAGCCCAUUACGCAUAUCAACAUGAGUGCCCUGCCCGAUUUCUCACAGCAUUGGGACAAGCCACCAUCGGGGGAUGAAGCCCCUGAUGGUCGCCCGCGGAAGAAACGCCGUAAAUAUAUUGCGAAAGCAUGCAAUGAAUGCAAGCGCCGCAAGAUUAAAUGUAAUGGCCAGACGCCCUGUGGGCGUUGUGGGCGCCAGGACAUUGAAUGCAUUUACGUGGAGAACGCGAAUUGUGACCUCCCAAACGAACAAGAGAACUUUGAACGCCUUUUCGAUCAGAUGAAAGCCAUGCAGGACCAAAUCACUAUGUUGUCUGCGAGUGUUCGAUCAAUCGCCAGCGCGGAGCAGUCGCCAGUUGGCCUUUCCACCACGGGCAGCCAUGGUCUUCUCCCUGCCCAGCGCUCGGUUCGACGCGUGUCCACAGUGAAAGAGACACCAUUUCAGGGACCAACGACGUCGGCAUUUAGUUUUGACCUCGCUAAAUCUAGUCUGCAGCAGCGUGGGAUCGUCGAACGAAUGGAGGUUGGUGACGAGGGGGAUAUGACCCAAGAACCUUCACCAUUGGCAUCUCCAUCGGCGCGAAAUGGAUCAGUGGAUACACAACAUACACUUGAUCCUCUAUGGGCUCUCCCGAAAGCUGAGGCGCUCCGUCUUUGUAGUGUAUAUGAGGAGGAAAUGGGAAUCAUGUACCCAGUGUUGGAGUUGCCGGAGCUCUUGGAACAGGUUGAACUACUGUAUAAUCCAAAGGACCGCACACUUGGAUCAAGCCUUCAGUCGGAUGGCAGGCGUGAGCUGGACCGAGAAGACGUUCAUAUCCUACGCUUGGUAUUUGCUUGUGCGUUGACAGCGGAAGGCAACGGUCGGAGUGACCAGGCCAUCUCUUUGUUUGACAGCGUUCGAGAAGUCCAAGACGACUGUGUUUGGGGCCCGCCCGAGAUUAAGAGCAUCAUCUUCUUAACACUGGUGUCCAUCUUCUACUUUCAGAAUGACGAGGAGACAUUGGCAUGGCGCACUAUUGGUAUAGUUGAACGCAUGUGUCUUGAAAAAGGUCUUCACCGUCGAGAGUCUUUGAACCAACCCGCGAUCGUGGCCGCAGGCAGGGAAAAAGCGCUGCGACUGUUUUGGUCCAUAUACAUUUUGGAUAUGCGCUGGAGCUUUGGAACUGGCAUGCCGUUUGCUUUAGAAGAUACAGACAUCGAUCCCUGGCUUCCAGAGCCCGCAGAAAAGACCCCAUACCUGCGUGUCAUGAUCAGAUACAGCCGCAUUGCGGCGAAAGUAUGGAAAUUUAUUUCAGCUUUCAACAACACGAACGAGAUCAGAAAAGAUGAGAUGAAUUAUCUGGAUUGGCAAGUAUUGCGCUGGGCCAAUGCAAUUCCAGAUCCAUUGCGACUUGAAACUUCCAAAACAAUGGAGCCUGGGACUUCUACCGAUGAAUCACGAAGCCUACGGCGCCUACGAGCUCUACUUUACCUCCGCGCAAAUCAGCUCCGCAUGUUGAUCCAUCGCCCUGUACUCCAUACGGCAGCACAUAUCAUGCGGUACCCUGGUGAAUCAGAAACCGUGGUAGAGCUAGCGAAAGACACGAUUCGUUUCAUCACCCGCUUGAACGAUACAUCCGACAUUUAUCAGCUGCAGCAGGUUGCCUUUAAUUGGUUCCUGGUUUCGGCUUUGGCCGUGUUGUUUUUGGCUGUUGCACAGGCCCCAACGCAAUUCAGUGGAUCUUGCAAAGAGGAGUUUUUCUGGGCGCUGGAGUUGGUGAAGGGGUUCUCCGCCCAAUCAUAUAUCUCACGCCGGCUGUGGAAAUCCAUUAGAAGUCUGCGAAAGCUCGGUCCUCAACUCGGUCUAGGCGCCCAGAAGAAGCGCCUUGACGACCACACUGGAGUCGACCAUGGCAAACCCGAUUCGAACGCUUCACCAGCUCUUGCCCCAACCGCCAGUACCCAGAGCCACACCCCACAGGAUGGUGCUCAAAUGACACAGGAGCUGAUGGAGUGGUUUGAGGCAGUAGGAAACCUUGAAGAUCAAAUAUUGGGGAUGGGAGCCGGUCCAGUGCCGGAAGGAGGUCCGUACCAGCAGAUGCCCAAUGGGGGCUUUGUUUUUGACUACGGCGAAGAGCUGUCAAGUGUGAUGAAAGACUGCUUCUAA